AUGAAGCAGAGGUUUUCCAGCUUGGAUGUGAAGGUCAUUGCUCACGAGCUGUCCAAAAGCUUGACAUCUUUGCGAGUGACGAAUGUCUACGACUUGUCGUCGCUGACGCUCUCACAGAGAAUCUUCCUCAUCAAGUUCCAUAAACCCGAUCACCGUGAGCAAUUGCUUAUUGACUCUGGCUUUCGUUGCCAUCUCACCGAAUAUGCCCGCACUACCGCCGCAGCGCCCUCGACCUUUGUCGCAAAGCUGCGGAAGUACCUCAAGACGCGGCGAGUGACGUCCAUUGCUCAAAUCGGCACCGACCGCAUUCUCGAGUUCCAAUUCUCAGACGGCUUGUACAGACUCUACCUGGAGUUCUAUGCUGGCGGCAACAUUGUCCUCACAGAUGGCGACUUGAAGGUCUUGGCCUUGUUGCGGAAUGUCGAUGAGGGCGAGGAACACGAGAGGCUGAGAGUUGGCUUGGAGUACAACUUGUCGAUGCGCCAGAACUAUGGUGGUGCACCAGAGCUCACAAAGGAUAGGAUUCGCAAAGGACUGCAGAAAGCCGUGGACAGGCAGCAAGCGCAACCCGCUGCGACCGGCAAGAAAGCGAAAAAAGUGGGCAAGGAUGCGCUGAGGAAGGCACUCGCAGUGUCUAUCACGGAAUGCCCUCCGUUGCUGGUAGAUCACGCCCUGCAUGUCGCAAAAUACGACUCUGCACUGAAGCCGGAGGAAAUAUUGGCAAAUGACGAGCUGCUCGAGAAGCUCCUUAGCGUCUUGAAAGACGCCAGGAAGAUCACAGAUGAAAUCAACAGCCAGGAACAAACGAAAGGCUACAUCCUAGCCAAGCCAAAUCCGAAUGCGACAACAGACGAGGAGGGCGCUGAGAAGUCAAAACACAUGUACGACGACUUCCAUCCUUUCCGGCCGCAACAGUUUGAAGAGUCAGACUACACGUUCCUCGAGUUCGAUGGCUUCAAUAAGGCUGUUGACGAGUUCUUCUCGUCGAUAGAGGGACAGAAGCUCGAGUCACGAUUGACCGAGCGUGAACAACAGGCAAAGAAGAAGCUGGAAAAGGCCCGCAGAGAGCACGAAGAGCGCCUUGGCGGUCUGCAGCAGGUGCAGGAGGUAAACUUCCGAAAGGCCGAAGCUAUCCUUGCGAACGUGCAUCGCGUGGCCGAGGCGACAGAGGCAGUCAACGGGCUGAUCAGACAAGGGAUGGACUGGGGCGAUAUUGCUAGUCUGAUUGAGCGUGAGCAAAGCCAUGGGAACGCGGUUGCUGAGACGAUCAAGCUGCCACUAAAGCUCCAUGAGAACACGAUUACCCUCCUGCUCGACGAGACGGACUUCGACCACGCCGAAGAAGACGACGAUGAGGGCAACGAAACUAGCUCAGUGAGCGAGGAUUCGGAAGAUGAAGACGAAGGCCCCAAGAAGAAGGCUGCGCCUGCUAAGCCAGCAGCUCGACCAAAGCUUGCCAUCGACAUUGACCUUGCUUUGUCCCCUUGGGCGAAUUCGACAGAAUACUACGAUCAAAAGAAGACUGCAGCUAGUAAGGAAGACCGAACAUUGCAAGCUUCUACCAAGGCCUUGAAGAGUCACGAGAAAAAGGUCGCUGAAGAUCUGAAGAAGGGCCUGAAGCAAGAGAAGGAUAUUUUGCGACCUGUGCGUAAGCAGCAGUGGUUCGAAAAGUUCAUCUACUUCAUCUCCUCGGACGGCUACCUCGUUUUGGGAGGCAAAGAUGCUCAACAGAAUGAGAUCAUCUACAGGAGGUACUUCCGAAAAGGUGACGUUUACGUCCAUGCCGACCUGAAGGGUGCUGUACCGAUGAUCAUCAAAAACAAACCCACGACCCCAGAUGCGCCCAUUCCACCAUCGACCCUUUCACAGGCCGGGCAUCUUUCCGUUUGUUCGUCGGAUGCAUGGGAGUCAAAAGCAGUCAUGUCAGCAUGGUGGGUGUUGGCCGAUCAAGUCAGCAAGACUGGCCAGACCGGCGAGUUCCUGCCGCCAGGCCUCUUCAAUAUCAAGGGCAAAAAGGAGUACCUUCCCCCAGCUCAGCUCAUCGUCGGCCUCGCUGUGAUGUUCGAGAUCAGCGAAGCAAGCAAGGCUCGACACAAUAAGCAUCGUGUUCUAGACGGUGUCAACAUCUCUGCAGUAGAAAUGGCACCCGACUCAGAGGAGCAGCCAAAAGCUACUCAGGGUUCCAAAGAGGAUGACAGUGACGAUGAUGAGUUUCCUGAUGCGAAGCUCGCCUCUGACUCGGACGAUGACUUUCCGGAUGCGAAGAUGGAGCAUACUGAGGAAAGCGAUGCCGAGUCGGAAGCAGCAGGACACGCCAAUCCGCUACAGUCGAGCAAGGCAGAUGCACACGAGAACAGCAGUGAUGAAGAUGAAGAUGAAGAUGUCAAGUCUGUCAACGGAAAGUCGGGACAUGUUAUGUCAGGGGGUCGAGACGGUGCCAGCCAUCAAGGAGAUGCACAGGACGACACCGGCUCACUUGGAGAUUCUGAACAGACCAAGGGCGCUAGCCGCCGUCAUCUAUCGGCAAAAGAGCGUCGUCUGCUGAAGAAAGGCCAGUUGCCUGCAUCUGUGCAGGUCCCAUCACAAAAGACGCCUGCAGAUGGCAGUGUUGAUGGGGACGAAAGCGCAUCUGCUGGCGAAGAAGCGCAGCAGCCCACAAAGCCUGCAGGCACAGUUACAUCACAAGCAUCAAAGGCAACUAGCAGCCCACUCCCACGAGGCAAACGCAGCAAGCAAAAGAAGCUCGCAGCCAAAUACGCCGCCCAAGACGAAGAAGAUCGCGAACUAGCAAUGCGCCUAUUAGGCUCGAAAUCCGGGCAACAAGCCGCUGAGACGGCUGCCGAAGAAAAGCGCAAAAAGGAAGAAGAAGCCGCCGCCAACAAGGAGCGUCGACGCCAACAACAUCUCCGCGCCCAAGCCGUAGGUAAAGCCGCCGAAGAAGCCCGACAAGCCGCCCAAGCCCAAGACGACGAUGACGAAGGCGACGAAGUCCUCAGAACCAACCUCCUCAAUCUCGACGCCUUCACCGGCCGCCCCCUCCCUGGCGAUGACCUGCUCACCGCCAUCCCCGUCUGCGCCCCCUGGUCCGCGCUCUCUACAUACAAAUACAAAGCCAAGAUCCAGCCCGGAUCGACGAAGCGCGGCAAAGCUGUCAAGGAGAUUCUGACUAUUUGGGACCAUGCGGGUAAGGAUGCGAAGGCGACGGAUAAGAGUGCCCAGGAUGUCGAGCGCAUUUGGCCCAAAGAGAUGGAGCUGAUUCGGGGCUGGAAGGAGACAGAGGUCGUGGGCGUGGUGCCUGUGAGUAAGGUCAGGGUUAUGAUUGCUGGUGGGCGCGCGGGAGCGGCGGCGGCGAAGGGGAAGGCGAAACCGAGGGGUGGGAGGGGGAGUAAGAAGAAGUAG